GGUACGUCUGAAAGUUAAAGAAAUUCAUUUUUUAGAACGAGAUAAAAUUUACGCAUCUAUAUAGGCCAUGCACACAAGUCAUAGACUAAUGCAAAGAUUAAAUACACCAUUAAGACGACUAUCAUCAAUAAGUAAUCACCUGACAUUCAUCAGAUGCAAAAUGUCAACCAACACAUCAUCCAGCCAAAACUUACAGGAGAUCACAGCUGGAUUGAUUGUAAUUGGAGAUGAGAUAUUGAAAGGGCAGGUUGCUGACACAAACACAAAUUUCAUCACAAGACACCUCUUUUCAUGGGGAGUGAAGGUUAAAAGGAUUUCUGUUAUUCCAGAUGAACUUGAUACUAUAUCCAGUGAGGUUGCAGAUUUCUCAACAAAGUUCACCUACGUGAUCACCACCGGCGGGGUUGGCCCUACACAUGAUGACCUUACAUUUGAAGGAGUUGCGAGGGCGUUUGAUGAACCAAUUGAGCCACACCCACACCUGAUGGAGCUGUGUGCAAAAUACUUUGGUACAACAGAUAUGGACUCUCCAAAGCUGAAAAUGGCAAAGGUUGCAAAAUCGGCGAAGCUCAUCUAUGGUGAGGAUAAGUCAACAGGGAAGAAGACCAGGUUUCCACUGGUGUCAGUCAAAAAUGUGUACAUGUUUCCUGGAGUCCCUUCCAUCCUGGAAAAGUCCUUCCCAUUGCUCAGGGACCACUUUAAAAACCCAAACAUAGAGAUUCACACACGUGAGCUCUUUGUAACAGCUGAUGAAGUGUCCAUCACACCAGUACUAGACCAGUGUCAUGAACGGUUCAAGGACAAUGUGACACUAGGGUCGUACCCAGACUUCAUAAACAGCUACUACAAGGUGCGAAUGACCCUAGAGUCAGAAAGCAAGAAACACAUAGAAGAGGCCUUUGCCUUUCUGCAAGAUCACCUGCCAAAAGACAGCCUGGUCAAGUAUGAAAAGAACCCAAUGGCGACAGCAGUUGAGCAUCUGUAUGAGAUAGUGGACUCCCCCAACACGGAUGAAUUCACACAGAAGGUCUGCCAUUCUGUACGCACACUGGAAGAGGCUCUCACCAGAUACAAAAUGGAUGAAAUUUGUGUGGGCUUUAAUGGUGGAAAGGACUGUACUGUUUUACUACACUUAGUCUAUGCAGUUAUGAAAAAGGUGUUGCCAGACUCUGACGCUAAACUGAAGUCAUUGUACAUCAGAAGCAGAUUGCCAUUUCCUGAGGUGGAGAAGUUUAUACAGAUAUCCAGGGAUAGGUAUAGUUUGGAAAUGUUACAAUUCAAUGGUCGGAUAAAGGACAGUUUGGGAGAACUCCACUGCCAGCAUCCAGAAAUUAAAGCUGUGUUCAUGGGGACCAGGGAAACAGACCCUUUCUCAAAGCAUUUGGAACCAUUUACUAUGACUGACCAAGACUGGCCCCAAUAUAUGAGAGUGAAUCCUCUCCUCAACUGGACAUACACGGAUAUAUGGAAGUUCCUCCGAACACUAUGUCUGCCUUAUUGUAGCUUAUAUGACAGAGGGUACACCUCUCUGGGCAAUAUGAACAACACACAUCCAAACCCUUCCCUUCAGUAUGUAGACGUCGAUGGAGUGGUUCGCUACAAGCCGGCAUUUCAACUAGAUUGUGAUGAAAAGGAACGCGAUGGCAGGAACAUAUGAUCCUGUGUUAUAGUUAAUGACUUAUUUGGCAUUUUCAGAAUAUUUAUAUAUAAACAAAGAAAAUGAGAGAAAUGUGUUGUUACGUUUUUAUGGAUUUAGUUGUAAAAUAGGGUACAUAUGACAUCAUAAAACAAU